CCGGCUCAGCGACACCUUGGAUGAAAUGCGUCACUGGCAUACAGGCUUUUUUAAUCCACACCACGGAGGCUUUCCUGCUGUGACUGCUUGAUCCGGUGGAACUGUGAUCUGAGGCUGGAGCGGCUUCACAGACACACCGGUACCGGAUGACGGCCCGCGGCUCGGAGGCGUCCGGAGCGCCGGUGCCUCUGCACCGGUUUUUCACGGCCAGUAACGGCACGUGCGCCGACAAGGUCCGCCUUUUCCCUCCCUUCUCCUCCACCUUCGCCCUGCUCCUGCUGAUGGGCGUGCUCGUGUGGAUCGUACUCGUUUCCUUGGCAACGUUCCAUUUCCACAAGAGGAAGCUUCGGAACAGGAAGAUGCAGCGCGCGCAGGAGGAGUAUGAACGCGACAGUCGCAGCCCGGCGCGCGCCACUGGCGGGCCCGCGAGACCGUGCGUCAUCGUCCGGCCGGUCAGAUGUGAGGAGGAGGAAAAGCCAGGGAGCGCUGACGUCACCGCCGAGCUGGAAGAGGCGUUGUGCUCGUGACUGGUGUGGACCACGCAGGACCAGCAAUAAAGGACCAGGACGCACUGGACCGAGGCAGAGGGUCCCAAC